AUGAACAACCAGAAUACCUCAUCAGCAAUGCAAGGAUUAAAUCCACAACAUCAAGAAUUACUUCAUCAAAUCAUUUCUACUACCAUGCAUCAUCAGCCACCAGGAGAUUCCACGCCACAGAUAUCCCAGCAAAAACCACAGCAACAGAAACAGUCACCUCCUCAACCAUCAAGUCAACAGCAAGACGCACCACAGAAAGAGGCAAGUAUUGCCACAAAAAGAAGUGCUAAAAAAUCGGCAAGCAAUGCAACUGAUACACCAGAAGAGCACGUGCCCCACCUUGGAAGUGUGGAGCUUAACCAAGACCCAACUCAGAUGUACUUCCCAAUAGCUUGCGUGAACUGUAGAGGUAGACACAAGAAAUGUGAAAAGAAUUAUCCUUCUUGCGCCCAAUGUAUUAAGCGUGGUGUGGAAUGCUCGUAUCGAUCUCCAAAGAAGAAGGGCCGACACAAUCAAUCAUCAAGCUCAAAGCAAGAGCAAGUCACAACGGUUCAGACCACUUCUGGCUCCUCGUCAUCGAGAUUCACACCCUAUCCAACAUCUACUAAUGCAAGUACCAACAAUAACCUCAGAAAUAUAGAGUUAUCCGAAGAACUUUCGAAAUAUCUUUCAAGUCAACUAGGCCCUAAUUUUACCCAACAAUAUUCAAAUGUUUCAGAAUUACUCUCUAAUAUUCAAUUAUCAAUGAUGAAUAAUAAGGUGAAUGAGCAAUUGGUAAUAUCUGCUCAACGGAAGAAGACCAUUGAUCUCUAUGAAGGUGUAAUCUCUUUAGGAUACUCUUUGGUAGAUAUUAACGUAAUCGAACAAGCUCUUUUCGAAACAGAUAACUUAGAAUCAUUCAACUACUCGCCCGAGUUUUUAUCAUUACUAUACGCUAUUCAUGCUGUCACCUGUCAAGCUUUGGGCCAAGACCAACAAGCCUUUUUAUCAUUUCAAAAAACAAAGAACUGCCUUGCGAACUGCUUUGAUUCAUGGAAUAAUGUUCUAGUUGCAAAUACGUACAGUCAUUUGGCCCUUUAUUGUGCAAGCUCUGGAGACACAGAAACUGCACGAUUUUAUUUGAAUUUUGUGGACUUUUAUUUUGGGAAUAGGCACAAAAUUGAUUUUGAUCGUCUUGAUGAAUAUGUCAUUGAUGCUAGCGAAACAAAUUCUUUGAGAGAAUUUCUGUUGAAAAACGCUGACAAUCCUAACGUGAAACAGGCCAUGUCGAACCUCGGUAUUAACUCGGCUGAGUUUUUAAAAAAUACUUUACGUGAGAUCAAACAAAAGUAG